GCCUUGUCAGAGCAGCUGCUGGCCGCCAGCAGACACUGGCUGUACGGUCGCUAUAUAGCUUGUGUUGAGCUUCUGAGACCUCUGUGUGCUCCCUUACUUUCAGUAACAGUAUUUAUGGUUGCUGCCAAGAUUUGCUUGCUUCUCUGUGCCGCUGGAGGGCAGUAUUAUGCAAUGACACCCCCAAAUGCCAGACCUCCUUCAAAAGAGCUUCUGAAUCCUACUGGUGUGGAGGUUGUCAUCCCUUGGGUGCAUCUUGCAGUGAAGAGCUUUCUCGGUGUGUGCGUUUUGUCAGAUAUUUGUCUUGCGUACACAACGGGAAAGGAAUCAACUGCCAUAUCGAAAUCCAUUAUUACUCUUCUAGUCCGCAGUAACUCUCUCUCGGCCAUGGACCAUUCCGCGUUGUCACCCGCACUGAUCGCCGGGUCUUGCCUGAGCAUCAUCGGCGGUGCUGUUCGUGUCUACUGUUAUUAUACUCUAGGCAGGUUCUUCACUUUCGAGCUCAGUAUCCGCCAGGACCAUAAGCUGGUCACAUCUGGCCCUUAUUCCAUCGUUCGACACCCCAGCUACUUUGGUGUCUUAUGUAUUGUUCUGGGCGUCUUGUCCUGUCAUUUCCACACUCAGUCAUGGCUGGUUUCUUGUUCGGGCUUGUUUCCUUCAUCAGACAAGUGGGUCAAGUUGACUUUGGGAUGCAUUUGGGCGGCUACGCUUCAUAUAAUUUAUGCGGGGCUGGGAGAACGUAUCCGGAUGGAGGAGGCGAUGUUGCAGGGAAACUUUGGAGACCAGUGGCGAGCUUAUGUGAAAAGGGUGCCUUACAGAGUAGUUCCGUGGUUGUACUAGGUCACCGCCAUUUAUUUAAGACACUAUCAAGGCACUAGAAUACUGGAAUGACAACUUCUUGAUCGCUGGUUUAC